UUGGCAUCCUCUCUUCUGUUCCAGGACCUAAGGGAAAGCUUGGAAAUCUGUUCUUACAAGUCGAGAAGAAAAUCCAUCGGUGCCUGAAAUCCUACUGGUGAUACAGUAGCUACGCAGUCUAUUUUCCUAUCCCUUCUUGUGGUACAUCCUGCUUGCUAAGCCAUACAACGAGCUCUCGGCAGCUCCAAGAGCAGCCCACCAUGCCUAUUGAUUACAGCAGAUUCGAUGCGAUUGAAGUGAGCGACGAUUCUGAUAUCGAGGUCCACCCCAACGUCGACAAGCGAUCUUUCAUCCGAGCGAAGCAGAAUCAGAUCCACCAAGAGCGCCAGCAGAGAAAGAACCGCAUCACAGCCCUUAAGUAUGAGCGGGUGAUCAACAGCGCUUUGCUGGGCCGGGUGGUCUCUCUCUUGGACAAUCUGAAGGCCCAUGCCUCUGAAGCUGCUACAGGGAACCAGGCCCAGAUUGCCUUCAAGGCCGUACUGACCAGUGCUGGCGAUCCCAAGGACGACCAGCCGCCGCCGCGACCAGAGGGGGUUUUCAGCGAUGACCAGCCCAUGCCGACAUACUCGAAAAUGCUGAUGCAGCUAUUGGACCAAGUGAACAAGACUCUUGAUGAGAAGAAGGUCGAGGAUCGGUACACGGGAAUGCUUGAAGAGAUGCAAGUGCACGUGGAUAAGAUUAAGGAGCUACAGAAAGAACAAGCGGCUGAGCUGGAGAAGCUUGAGAAAGAGGAAGGGAAAAAGAUUACGAGCGACAGCAUUCACGACGGAUUCAACAGCUCAUAUGUGAAUAAAUCAGGCCCCUCGGUGAAGAAGGAAGAUACCAAGGUGGAGCUGCUAAAUCCCAACUUUUCUACAUCUGCGUCGGCUUCAGGGGCGUCUUCAGCAGACAAGGUUGCGGUGGAUGACGAUGACGAAAUUGAGGCAUCACCAGCAGCCAAGAAAUUCGGAGCAAUCAGCGUCAAUGACUAUUCAGCUAGCUUAAAGUUCCUGGCUCAGAACCCGGAGAUCUUGACGGAGCGGGAGACGGACGGAUUGCUUGUGCUCGCAUUUGACGCGGCCCUGGAGCGAAAGGACGACUUGUCUCGUCAGUACGUUCAUCAGGCGUUGUUGCUUCAGUAUUGCCGUGCGUUGGGCAAAGAUGGAGUGGCACUCUUCUUCAAACGUAUCACCACAAAGGGUCACCAGGCACAGGAUGUCUUCUACAAGGACGUUCAGGAUACAUACAUGAGGAUUAAGAACCGGUCGCUAGAAAUCAUUGCUGAGCGUGCCAAGGAACCGGCAGAGGGUGUCGAGCAGAUCCAGCUACAUGCCAUGGAGCCUGGCACCACCAUUCAGAUAAAGGUCCCUCCUGCCGAUAGUGAUGAUGCGGAUAUCCAGGCUGCCCGAAAGAUCUACGACAGCUUUGAUCCCGAAAUGAAAAAGGCACUCGAGUCAGGCGAAUUGGACGAGGUCAACAAGGUUUUGGGGAACAUGAAGAUAGACGCGGCGGAGGAGCUGGUGGGUCUUUUUGGAGAGGCCAAUAUCCUUAGUCUUGAAGAAGAAUUGAUUGAUGCGACGACUGAAGAGGGACAACAGAGGCUUCGAGAAAUGGAAGCAGCGGCGGCAGCUGAGAGAAAGGCAGAGGCAGAGGCAGAGGCGGAUACAGAGUCAGUAGGGGAUCCUGAGUAAUAAUGAACUACGCCGGCUUCAAGUUGAAUGAGAGAAAUGAUGAAAGGAGAAGGAGAAGGAGAAGG